CCGUGUAAUCUCGUUGGGCACCAGCAGUGAAACUCUUCUGUUCAAAAUGGUUUAUGGUGAAUUUUUCCACAGACCUGGCAAAGAUGCAGAACUUAUCAAUUUGAAUGUGGGUGGCUUUAAGCAAUCGGUGGAUCAAAGCACCUUGCUCCGAUUUCCCCAUACCAGACUCGGGAAACUUCUCAAAUGCCAUUCAGAAGAGGCUAUUCUAGAACUGUGUGAUGAUUAUAGCGUUGCAGACAAGGAAUAUUACUUUGACAGGAAUCCUUCCUUGUUCCGAUAUGUUCUGAAUUUUUACUAUACGGGCAAACUUCAUGUCAUGGAAGAACUUUGUGUCUUUUCCUUCUGCCAAGAAAUAGAGUACUGGGGGAUAAAUGAGCUGUUUAUUGAUGCCUGCUGCAGCAAUCGGUACCAGGAGAGGAAAGAAGAAGGUCCUGAGAAAGACUGGGAUCAGAAGAGCAAUGACAGAAGUAUAGACUCCUCUAAUGAGGAGUCAUCCAUAUUUGAUAAAGAGCUGGAAAAGUUUGACAAUCUGUGUUUUGGUGAAAUAAGAAAGAAGAUCUGGGUCAGAAUGGAAAAUCCUGCAUACUGCUUGUCUGCCAAGUUAAUUGCCGUGUCAUCCCUGAGUGUUGUCUUGGCGUCAAUCGUGGCCAUGUGCAUUCACAGCAUGCCAGAGUUUCAAAGGCUGGACGCCAAUGACAGGGAGAUUGAAGACCCUGUGCUGGAAGCUGUGGAGAUUACGUGCAUCAUCUGGUUCACUGCUGAGCUAGUGAUCAGGCUCAUCACCGCUCCCAGUCAAAAGAAGUUCUGGAAGAAACCACUGAAUAUCAUUGAUUUUGUUUCUAUUAUCCCAUUUUAUGCCACCUUGGCUGUGGACACAAAGGAAGAAGAAAGUGAAGAUAUUGAAAACAUGGGGAAAGUGGUUCAGAUCCUGCGGUUAAUGAGGAUAUUUCGCAUCCUGAAACUGGCCAGGCACUCUGUAGGACUGCGGUCUUUAGGCGCCACAUUGAGACAUAGCUAUCAGGAAGUUGGACUUCUGCUUUUGUUUUUGUCUGUUGGGAUUUCUAUUUUUUCAGUGCUUGUCUACUCAGUGGAGAAAGAUGAUGACUCAUCAGAACUGCACAGCAUCCCUGUUUGCUGGUGGUGGGCAACCAUCAGCAUGACCACUGUUGGUUAUGGAGACACUUACCCAGUCACGCUUGCUGGAAAGCUGCUCGGCACCCUAUGCAUUAUCUGUGGGAUACUAGUUGUAGCACUUCCAAUCACUAUUAUUUUCAAUAAGUUUUCUAAGUAUUAUCAAAAACAAAAAGAUAUUGAUCCAGACCAAUGCAACAAUGAUCGCAAAGAGAAAUGUAAUGACCUACCUUAUUUUAACAUUAGGGAUAUUUAUGCAAAAAAGAUGCACUCCUUCAUUUCUAGCCUUUCUUCAGUAGGAAUUGUAGUCAGUGACCAAGAUUCAACAGAUGCCUCCAGCAUCCAAGAUAUGGAGGAUGUUUACAACACAACAUCUUUAGAAAAUGGUACAGGAAAAUGA